AUGUCACAAAUGGGUAGUGACGGGGCAUUCCAGGUCCCCAAGUCAAAACAGGCUCAGAGCAAACCGGGACUAGAGAAGUAUAUGACGCCGCCGAGUGAGACUACCAAACUUGAGUCAAGCGCCGGAUUCGUUGAAUACGUAGGCUCAAACAAGCUGAAAGAUAAGAAGGCCUUAAUUACCGGGGGCGACUCAGGUAUAGGUCGUUCUAUAGCCGUAUUGAUGGCCAGGGAGGGUGCCGAUAUCACCAUUGUCUACCUUCCACAGGAGCAGGAAGACGCAAACAAAACAAAGGAAUUAGUCGAAAGCGCAGGACACAGUUGCCUGCUAAUUUCAGGCGACUUGAGAAGCAAUCAAACUUGCGAAAAAGCAGUUAAGGAGCAUGUCGACCGGUUCAAGGGAAUCAAUAUCCUUGUUAACAAUGCCUCACAACAGUAUAUGCGUAAAGACUUUACGCAAACUGAUCUCGGGCAGGUUGAGGAUCUCUUCCGAACCAACAUCCUACAAAUGUUUGCUAUCACCAAAUAUGCACUCCCUUACAUGUCAAAGGGAGACUCUGUUAUCAACAAUACUUCUGUUGUCACGUUCCGUGGUUCGAGCAGUAUGGUCGACUACGCUUCCACGAAAGGCGCAAUCGUGGGCUUCACCCGAUCCCUAGCGCUACAGCUAGCUCCGAAGGGUAUUCGCGUGAAUGCUGUUGCCCCCGGUGCUAUUUAUACACCAAUUCAAGUCGAUACAAGAGAUCCCGACUCCAUGAAGGGAUGGGGUUCGAAUUCACAGCUUGGCCGGCCUGGGCAGCCUAGCGAAGUGGCCCCUAGCUUCGUGUUCUUGGCUAGUAAAGAUGCUUCUCUUUAUUCUGGCCAAACCCUACAUUGCUACCCUCUGGGAGAUUAA